AUGAGGAACACUGCUUCCCUCCUCUCCUUGUUGCUCCUAAUCUGCGCAGCUGCGCUGCACGCAGAUGCGUCCCAAGAGGCUCAACUGAGAGAGUUCCUCAGGUCUAGGAGGAACAGUCGUAGUGAUAAGGGCACGUUUAAGGUGAGUAGCAUAGGUAGCAGGGUUGCCAGCAGCCUGCAGAGAACCAGCUACUCCGGCGGCGCUGACCAGAGCGCCCUGAAGGCGGCCGACAAGAUCACGUCGCUGCCGGGGCAGCCGGACGGCGUCGACUUCGACCAGUACGCCGGGUACAUUACCGUCGACGAGAAGAACGGCCGCGCGCUCUUCUACUACUUCGUGGAGGCGCCGCAGGAUGCCUCGUCAAAGCCGCUGCUCCUGUGGCUCAAUGGAGGGCCAGGGUGCUCCUCGUUUGGCUACGGAGCAAUGCAAGAACUGGGCCCGUUCCGUGUAAACAACGACAACAAAACGCUGAGCAGGAACCAGCAUGCUUGGAAUAACGUGGCUAAUGUGAUCUUCUUGGAAUCGCCGGCGGGUGUUGGAUUUUCUUACUCCAACACCUCUUCGGACUAUGACCUCAGUGGCGAUCAAAGGACAGCCGAUGAUAACUAUUUAUUCUUGAUUAAUUGGUUGGAGCGUUUCCCUGAAUACAAGAGCCGUCCAUUCUACAUCUCCGGGGAGAGCUUCGCUGGACACUACGUGCCGGAACUUGCAGCCACCAUCCUAAUCCAGAAUUCGUACAACAGCAAGACAGCUAUAAACCUACAGGGCAUCUUGGUUGGAAAUCCACUUCUGGACUGGAAUAUGAACUUCAAGGGUAGAACUGACUACUUCUGGAGCCAUGGGUUAAUGUCAGACGAGGUUUUUACCAACAUAACCAGGCACUGUGAAUUUGACGACUCAGAUAACAAUAACGUGGUGUGCAUUGGCGCCUAUGAUGCUUUCGAUCCUGGACAGAUUGAUCCUUACAACAUAUAUGCUCCAAUCUGUGUUGAUGCGGCCAACGGAGCAUACUACCCCAGUGGCUACUUACCAGGGUAUGAUCCAUGCAUCGAUUAUUACACCUACGCCUACCUCAAUGACCCAGCAGUGCAGAAUGCUUUUCACGCUAGAAUGACAAAGUGGUCAGGAUGCGCAGGAUUGCACUGGAAAGAUGCACCAAUCUCCAUGGUGCCAACAAUAUCGUGGCUAAUUAAGAAGAAGUUGCCUGUCUGGAUUUUUAGUGGUGAUUUUGAUUCCAUAUGCCCACUCCCCGCUACGAGGUAUUCCAUCCAUGACCUUAACCUGCAUGUCACAACUCCAUGGCGCCCGUGGACAGUAAACAUGGAGGUAGGAGGAUUUGUUCAACAAUACAAGGGAGGAUUCACAUUUGCUUCAGUUAGAGGAGCUGGUCAUAUGGUUCCUUCCUACCAACCUGAGAGAGCACUAGUAUUGCUAGACUCCUUUCUGAAAGGGGUGCUCCCACCCUACGUACCGGAGCAGUGA